AAGACCGAAAAGUUCGAACCAUGGAUUCGAAUUCGACCGUCGACGAGGAAUGGAGUCCGGAAAAUACGACAAUUUACAAAGUGCAGAUGAUAGCACUUCCAUUGCUCAUAGCUGCCGGCAUCACCGGUAACGGGAUGAGUGUUUGGGUGUUGCUCGUAUCUCCGCUACGUGGCUUGAGUUCAUCAUUUUACCUGUCGGCUCUGUGCGCUUCCGACUCGGGAUUUCUGUUUUGUCUGUUUUUUGUGUGGCUCAAAGGCAUGGGCACUGAUCUCUAUAACCAAAAUGGAUGGUGCCAAGGCAUAACAUACGUGUGUCACGUGACGACAUUUUUAAGUGUUUGGUUGGUGGUGGCGUUCACAACGGAACGUUUUGUAGCAGUCUGUUUCCCCUUCUUGCGUCCAAUUGUCUGUACUGUUCGCCGCGCCAAAACCGUUAUUCUGGUAAUUAUUGCGGUUGCAAUGACACUAUACUUCUACCUGCUUGCCACGGCAGGCAUUGUCACCAUUUCAGGAUCAUCAUACUGUACUCUUGUAGGAACAUACGAGGCCGUUGGCCAUGUUAUGAACCAUGUGGAUACCGUCCUGACCAUGCUUGUACCUCUCGUUAUCAUCGUCACUCUUAACGUGAAGAUCGUCAGAUGUGUACGGUACGUCGAGAAGUUGCGAUGUCAAAUGCUGACGCUGGAUCUCGCGUCCAAAGCGCCGCCAAGCCAGAUCCGCGUCACCAAAACCUUGCUCGUGAUCUCCUCGGUGUUUAUACUCCUCAACCUGCCUUCGUACGGACUGCGGGCGAUGCAGUACAUAACGACUGAUAACAUGGCACCUGCCCUUCCAGGCCAAAUAAACUUCAUAAUUAAAGAAUUCUUGCUGUACUGCGUCGCCGGCCAGAACUUCAGGGCUGCGGUGGCCGCUCUUUGCUCUGCCUCCAGGGACUCCAGCCAAGCCAGCGUGUCUGUGCCACCUCGAGCCCCCACCACAGCCUGCCCUCGCUCUGCCCCUCACACUUCCCUCGCUACCCUCACUUCCAACCCUAAGAGGGACCUCACACCCACCACCAGCG